AUGGCGGGAGUUUUCUUGAAGAUAUUGUUGUUCACGACGCUGCGAGCUGCACGCGCCCCUACAGGAGCGAGACCUGUCCCGCGAUAUCAGCCAGAGACUGAGUACGAGGCAUCCAACGAAGUUGAAGAGGAAGACGCGACGACAAAAGCGCACGAAGAUUCCGAAGACGAGUUUGACGACGAUGUCGAGCCUGUGCCGGCAGCGGAAGAUGCUGGCGACAACGCGGAUCCACUACGAACUUCGUCCUCAGACCACGACCUCCGCGCGACAUGGACUGCUAGCAUCAACAACCUCUGGAGACGCGCCGCCGAUAACGCCACCAUUCUGGCCGCACAAGCUAGAGACGCUGCAUUUGAUGCUGUCGAGAUGGUCAAAGAGCUUGGGUUCAUUGGCACAGCAAAGGCAAUCGGCCACUGGAUCAGACUGAAUCCGUUGAAGACUGCGCUGAUCGUGGUGCCUCUCGUUGCGCUUGCAUGCACAGCGAUAGCGCUCUCGGCCACGGGCUUUGGACCAGCUGGGAUCGUCGCAGAUCUGGCGACAUCAGAGUCUGCAUCCUUGAUCGCGAAGCAAGCCGCGUCCGACGCUGUCUUCUGGAGCAUGGUCGCCGUAGCCUACGCGGUAUAUCAAUUUAAGAGCUGGUAUCAAGGACGCGGAGAGGGAGCCGAAGAGGAGGAGGAGUAA